AUAAUUUAAUAGUGAUAAAAAUGUAAAAUACUUUGUUGAUUUUAGUCCCACUUCAAGUUAUUUAUUUAGUUAAAAACAUGUAAGAAAAAUGCAUAUCUAAUCAUAACGUAAUUUUUAAACGUCUGAUCUUCGAAUAUAAAAAUGUGUUUUAUAAAAUAUUGCCAUGAAUUAUUUUGCAACAAAUUACACCACAGAACCAGUUUCAACGACAGAAAGAUCUUUUGAGGCUGACGACAGCAAAUAUCUCAUAAUUCCUCUAGUUGUUAUUGUUCUAGUAAUGAUACUUUCAGUUUUGGUUUAUCUCAUGGCUAGAAGAAGAAAAAUGAAUAGAUUGAGGAAUGACAUGCUUAAACUGUACGACUUUGAUUCAAAUGAACAGGAGUGGGAAUGCCUAACCAGUAGUGAAUAUCCUUGUUAUAGUAAUGGUUUAAUAACGACAAAUUUUUAGUUAUAUUUUAGUUAUCUAUUUUUGUUUGCAUGUAUAAAGUAUUAUUUUAAAUAAAAAAAUAAUACCUUG